AUGGCUGGAAGAAACGAUGUCGCGAUUGCUGCUGAUUUGGAAGUCAUGGCUCAUGCUAUGGAGAAUCAGCUGAACGUUAGCGAGAAUGCUGGGUCUCGCAGUUUGGAUACCUUCCAGAGAGAGAAUUCGCCUGUCUUCAAGGCGAAGGUGGCUGAUGACUGGUGGUUGGAGACUUGCCAGAGACUGAAAGUUGGUAGUGAGGAAGUGACUUGGGCUAUGUUUCGUAGGGAGUUCCCGAGGAAGUACUUUCCUGAGGAUGUUCGUGGCAAGAAAGAGAUCGAGUUCCUUAAGCUGAUACAAGGGAGCAUGUCAAUCACUGCUUGUGCUGCGAACUUUGGUGAGCUGGCUAAGUUCUACAAGCUCUAUGAUGGACCAAAUAGAGAGUUCUCGAAGUGCAUCAAGUUCGAGAACGAGUUGCGCCCAAAAAUUAAGAAGGCUAUUAGCUAUCAGAAGAUUCGGGUAUUUGUUGACUUGGUGGAUAGUUGCCGGAUCUAUGAGGAAGAUAGCACUACUCACUAUAAAAUGAUCAGUGAGAAGAGGAAUAAGAGUCACCAGAACCGUGGCAAGCCGUAUGAUACUUCAGCUGGCAAGGGUAAACAAAAAUCUGCACAGGGUCAGAGGACUAGUGGGGGAGAUGCUCCUGCUGGUAUAGUAUGCUUCAAAUGUGGAAAACCGGGUCACAAAAGUAAUGUUUGUACCGGAGAAGCAAAGAGAUGUUUUCAUUGCGGAAAAGCUGGCCAUGAGAUUACAGAUUGCAAUUUUAAGACAAUUGUAUGUUUUAACUGUGGUGAGGAAGAACACGUCAACACUCAAUGUAAAAAUCCAAAGAAGGCGCAAGCGGGUGGAAAGGUUUUUGCUCUGGCUGAGACUCAGACAUCUAGUAAUGAUCGGUUGAUCAGAGCUUGA